GCGAUACGUUUAUUUUUAUAAAGGAUGAGGCCUGACUUAGCAGGGGCAUUCAACAAAAGCUUUGCCUUAUCCCUGUAGCCCCACACUACAUUCGUCUGGAAAGCUGUGUUCGCUACACAAACUGACCAGGGUCUUUGCGACCCCUACUGCUUGUUCAUCGCUAUUCAAGGAAGAAGGGGACGAAAGGGGUUGAGAUCCGUUCUAGUCCUACUAUUAUAUAUGAAGUGAAGAGAAUCUUCUUUCUGUGUAUUUCACUUGAAUCGACAUCUAUCAUUGAGGGGACGAUGAAGCUGCCGUCUGUAUUGUUGAUUGGCAUUUUUGCUGUUUUGGGAAGCACUGUCCAUGCUGCCACACCCGAUCAAUGGCGCUCAAGAUCGGUAUAUCAAUUAUUGACGGACAGAUUUGCUCGAACUGAUACAAGCACCACAUCACGAUGCAACACCGAAGAAGGACUAUAUUGUGGCGGCACAUGGCGAGGCGUGAUUAAUAAGUUAGACUAUAUUCAGAAUAUGGGAUUCACUGCUAUCUACAUUUCCCCAAUUACCUUUAAUAUCGAAGGCGACACUGGCUAUGGCUAUGGCUAUCAUGGUUUCUGGCAACAGAAUAUCUACGAACUCAACAGCAACUUCGGAAGUGCUCAAGACCUAAGAGAUCUUGCACAAGCUUUACACGAUCGGGGAAUGUACCUAAUGGUUGAUAUUGUCGUUAAUCAUUUCGCCUGGCCGGGUGCCUUCAAUACCAUCACCUACAGCAAAUUCACUCCUUUCAAUCAAGCAUCCGACUAUCACUCGUACUGCCUCAUAUCUGACUAUGAUAAUCAAAGUCAAGUCGAGAACUGCUGGCUUGGUGACGAUAAAGUAUUGCUUCCUGAUUUAAAUACACAAGAUCCAAGGAUUGCCAGCACAUUGAAUGACUGGGUGCGUAGUAUUGUGUCAAACUACUCUAUUGAUGGUCUUCGCAUAGAUACUGUUAAGCACAUCGAUAAACUUUUUUUCCCUGACUUCGUCUCCUCAUCGGGCGUCUUCGCUACCGGCGAGGUUCUCGACGGCGACCCUGGUUAUCUCUGCGACUACCAGAACUACCUUCCCAGUGUCUUCAACUACCCUGCCUACUAUCAAGCCAUCGCCGCCUUUACUAACUCGUCUGGCUCCAUCGCUAACCUCGCAAACUCCAUCGACGCCAUCAAGAACACUUGCAAGGACACGACUCUGUUGGGAUCGUUUACAGAAAAUCACGACAUGCCACGUUUCGCCAGUAAAACGCAGGAUAUCAGCCAAGCUAAGAGCAUCAUCGCAUAUACGAUCCUGGCUGACGGCAUCCCCUUUAUAUAUGCUGGUCAAGAACAGCACUACGCUGGUGGAAAAGACCCGUAUAAUCGCGAGGCCACGUGGUUGAGCGGGUACAAGACCGAUGGAGAGCUUUAUAAGCUUGUUCAGGCUCUAAACCAGGUCCGCAAUCGGGCUAUCUAUGUGGCGGAUAGCUAUUUGGCAUAUAAAAACUAUCCGAUAUGGAAUGAUGCGAACACGAUUGCGAUGCGAAAAGGAUUUGAUGGAAAUCAAAUCGUGGCAGUGUUGAGUAAUAGGGGCGCCGGCUCAGGGAGCGUGGGCAUCAGUGUGCCAAAUCAUGGGUUUGCGGCCGGCACACAACUGUUGGAUGUAUUGGGAUGUGCAAUGGUCACAGUGGAUGGGAACGGAUAUAUCCAAACAACAAUCGUAGAUGGGGUCCCGAAGGUGUUUUAUCCUCUCUUGCAAACAAAGGGGAGUGGAAUCUGUGGAAUGUGAUCGAGGACGAUAACAGGACCAAUCCCUCAAGAUACAUGGCAAUAUAUGUCUGAUCAAUGCGCACAGUAUAUAUGUAGCCAACCCAUGCUAUAGCCUAGAGUUGCCAUAGCACUUUUAAGGCCUCGUAUGAGGUUGUAUGGUACCUAACACCUCACCUCAACCACACUUUGUAUCCGCGCACAAAAACAAAAGAAAAACAGUAC